GUUGGAGAUCAACUGCACAGGGCAGGUGCGACGGGAGGCAGAUUGCAAGAGUGCGAUCCGAUCUGGGAUCAAGAACUGGCAGCUGAUUCCUGCAGCCAUGGUCCAGAACGCUUGGGUGAAGACCGGUUACGCGACCUGGGAUGAAAUCGAAGCGGUGACCACAGGCAAUCGAGAGAUGGCUCGUGCGAUGCAACAGCAGGAAGAUCCGCACGGUUUUGCUGAUGUCCUGGGGAAGGAGGGCGCUGCUGCUCCGACAGCUGAGGAAGUCCAUGCCAGACUGGUGCAUGAAAAGGCGGUUGUGUGGCAGGUGAAAUGCCCUGCGGACGAGAACUGGAGCUACCUGCCCCAGGCACGAGUCAUGUCACUGCUGGCACUGGUGCUGAUCGUCGAGAAGCAGCUGUGCCUGUACUUGCACCAGCGUGCCAUUGCUAAGCCAGGGCAGCCGGUGCAGCACAUGUGUUCAGUGGUGUGGUCUCUCCGAGCCAGGAAUGAAAUGCGCCAUGAUUGGGUCGCCAAAUACACCGACCUUGUGGACGGCAAGCGAGUCCUCUCCGAGAAAUGCAAGCGGCCUUCACUCUACUCGUUAUUUCACGUCGAUCUUCUCAAUCUCCUUCUCUUCAUUGGCAGCGAGCAGGUCGGUCGAAAGCUGGCGUAUUCCCUAGUCCCGGCUUCCGAUGUGAGCAGCGCAUCCGAUGUUGAAUGGCUGUCUGUGCAAAAAAUCCAUGAGAUCUUCGCCAAACAGAGUGCCACUACUGGCGCAACCGGUCGCUCCGGCCAGAAGGUGGCGAACGUCGAGGGCGACCCGGCUCAGGACAACGAAGGCAACCACGAGGAUGACGAGGAGUCCGAGAAUGAGAAUGGCAAGGACGACGAUCAGGAACCGGACGAGUUUCAAAACAUGAUGGUUGCUUACGAAGGCGAUCAGGCUUUGCACGGCGACGGCCAACCAGUGCGACGUCUCGUGGUCGAUUCCAAAAGGCACAAGUACUUCGUCCUGCGUGAGGACGACACGGUCCUGGCAGAGACUGACACUGAGCACGACCAGCCUCCAGAGGAAGUUGGUGAUGCUGACAUGUGGGUCGAAGGAGCUGCGCCCUUGGUCAACCUCCGUAUCGCGGGCUCGCAUGUCCCGGAGCCUGAGCCCGAUGUGACCCGUUUUGUUACAAAGAGCGGCAAGUACACAACUCCAGGCUUGGAACGGCUGCGGAAUCUACUUCCUCCCAGAGACAAAUGCAGAGUGCAGCAGCGGGCUCCGGAUGGGGUAGUGCAGGCAUGGUUUCCUGGAGUACCAAGCAAGACAUUCAGGUUUUCAGAAGCCAGUGUCUGGACGAACGAGACUCUUCCCGCGAUCAUCGUGGAUGCUGCUCUCCGCAAUGCCAUCGAAUGGCUGUGGGUGCAGUUUGGACAUGAGGUUGGGGCGGAGAGAGCCCAGGAGAUGUUCAGGGCUGUGAAAGCCCGCGUGGAUGCGAUGGAAGGCGGCUCUGCUUGA